AAUAUCUGCAGAUUUUGCUGCUGCUUUUCUCCUUUCUUCAGAUUCACUUAAACUCUUGAAAGAGCCAGGACUUGGAUUCCAUAACCGAUAAACAAGCCUUGCUUUCAUUCAAACUCCAACUCACUGAUCCUGAAAAUGCACUUUCAGGUUGGACCCUCAACUCUUCUCACUGCAACUGGUUUGAUAUUACUUGCACCACCAAUGGUUCUCGAGUUGAAUCCCUCCAACUCAGUUCACUCGGCCUUGUUGGCACCUUACCUCCUCUCUCUAACCUCACUUCCCUUACCACACAACCUUUCCCACAACUCAUCUCAUGGCCAAUUCCGAUUGGAGUUCAGUAGACUUUCACUUCUUCAACAUAUUGACCUCAGAAACAACUCCAUUAAUGGAACUGUUCCUGCUUCUCUUUCUCAUUGCCAUAACCUCGAAACAAUUAGAUUACAAGGCAACAGCUUUACUGGAAAUAUUCCACCUCAACUAGGUAAUCUUCAAAGACUUAGAACCCUUGUCAUCGCUGUUAAUAAUCUCUCUGGUUCAAUCCCCUCUACUUUUGGCAACCUUUCCUCUUUAACAUCUCUUAAUCUGGCUAGAAACAUGAUAACCGGUGAAAUUCCUAGUGAGCUUGGUCAGCUUAGGAACCUUCAACAGAUCCAGCUUUCCGAAAAUCAUCUCUCAGGCCGAAUCCCUGCUUCUAUUUUCAACAUGUCUUCUUUGAUUUACUUGUCUGUAACACAAAAUAACCUUUCUGGAAACCUUCCAAGUCCUCCAAAUGAUGGAUUUUACUAUCUCCCGAAUCUCAAAGAACUGUAUUUGGCACUAAACAGGUUUGAAGGAACCGUGCCUGGCUAUAUAUCUAAUUCUUCAAGUAUUGAAUUUCUUGAUCUGUCUAGGAAUAGAUUUCAUGGUCCCAUUCCUUUGUUUGGCAUCAUGAGGAACUUACAAUCCUGGAUCUUGGUAUAAGUCUUUUC